AUGAGAAACGGUCAACAUCUUGUGCAAGGACCAAUACUGACUGACCGCUUAUCGUUCUGCAGCCAUGUCUAGAUCCUUUUAUGUCGACUCUUUGAUUAUCAAGGACACCGUGCGACCCGCGCCUCUAAAUGAGCAUCUCGGACAAGACUUCUUCAUCCCCAUCAGCAUGCAUUCGCCCACCAUGAUGACGGUCAACGCGCCGGUGUGCCCAUCCAGGAAGACCGGCACAUUCUGCGUCUGCCCGGUUUGCGUCACGUCCCAUCUCCACUCAUCCCGCGGCGGCAUUUCGAUGCUGAAGAGUCAGUUCCCGGGAGCGGAGCCCCAAUAUUGUCAGAGGAUAUCACACCACCAACAGUCUCCGGCGCUGGGACACGCACCUGUCUGCACGCCUACGUACAGCGUCACUGACCCCAGGAGGUACCACUGUCUCUCCAUAGGCGCCUCUGAGAGCAGUCACAUCCAGAAUGGCAAAAGGAUGCGCACGGCUUUCACCAGCACGCAACUAUUGGAACUGGAGAGAGAGUUCUCCUCCAACAUGUAUCUUUCCCGGCUCAGAAGAAUCGAAAUUGCGACGUAUCUGAACCUCUCGGAGAAGCAGGUGAAAAUCUGGUUCCAGAACCGGAGGGUGAAACACAAGAAGGAGGGCAAGGGCACACAGAGGAGCGCGCACAGUGGUUGCAAGUGCGCAAGUGGUCACACGGACUACCCGAGGUCUGAGGACGAGGAAUCUUUAUCCCCUGCAUCAGCGUCAGAGAAAGAGAUCUCCCCAAUCUGAGGCCAUCUCACACUAUACAUACUUCCAUUACACUACUGGCAUAGUCUACCCUUGUUCAACGCGGAUUCAGCAAUACCAGACGACCUCAUGGCCAUGAUAUGCUACUUCCAGUCUGAGAAGAACUAUUGGGAAUAUCUUUGGUUCCCUCUGGUUAAAUCGUGUAGGCCUAUUUGUCCUUCGUUUUAUGUUAACUGUCCAAUAUGAACAAAUUGUGAAUACAUGUUUUAUUUGUUAAAACAUUUAGAAACAUAAAUGUAAUGUUAAAUCAUUCAGGGUUCAACCAACGUCAAAGUUGUACAUCCUCAGUAGUUGUCAUACAAUGCUUGGUAUCUUUCCUCUUCCAUGUGAUUAGAUAAAUAUCAUAUUUAUCCGAUGUGGUAAUGACGCUGUUGAUCUACUCUGUUUCACAUCUGAUUUAUCCACCUGAAUUUGUAUGUGCUUAGUAGACUAUUAUGUAAAUAAUAUGUAUAUUUGUAUUUAUUUGAAUAAAACUUUGGUGAGUUGUAUCUCAGACAAAAAUG